AUGUCAAGAUCUGUCGGUUCCUUUGCGGCAGUACCUUCUUUCUGCAGUGCCCUGAACUUGCACCGAAUGGAACCCGCUAGCUCUGACUGCAAGUUAGCGCUGGCAGCUCGAGAUCACGGCCUCGUCACCAGUGGCCUCACAUUGCCCUUCGCUCCAACCAGUGCGACGGCAAUAGAACCGGCAACUGGUACACGGCUUUACUUGCGCCCAAACUGUGCUGGGCAGCCUGUCAUGCUUGAUCUUCCUCUGCACAGCAACAUCAAUUGCAUUGGUGGCCACCUACGUGGUUUCAACAAACACAUGCGGUCAAUACAAGGCUGGCACACUUCAAUGUUGGCAUCAGACGCCGUCUGA